AUAGUGCGAGACUUCGGUGGACGCGAGAAGACCUGUCCCCGUUUCUGUUCCUCCUCUCGGUUUGUUUUCGAUCAUAAAUCCCGGUAGGGGAUCUUCCCGAUAUGUUAGGAUCACUGACAGUCCGCACGAAACGCAUCGGGCGGACCUUCACAUUGCAUUACCGCCAGAUUAGAACUACAUAACCUGCUGAAUUUGCUUAAAAAAAAUAAAACGUAACCCCACUGAGAUCGUGUAAUUUAGGCAGUGUGUCUACAGGCGUCAUCGUACUUUCAGCUCUGGGACUUUUUCCUCGUUUGCUGAAACAGCAGCAGUGGCGGCGGCCUCUGUAUGCAGACCGGGCUCAAUGGCGUCGGACACCAGCGACACGGAGGAGUUUUACGAUGCGGCGGAGGAUGUUAACUUCACUCCCUCACCUCAUGCGUCACCGGCAAAGUUUGAACUUCCUCUGCCUGGGGGGUCUUCUGAUGAAAAUUUAGUUUUGGAAGGGAAUGCACCCCUGAUCUGCCUAAAUGCUUCUAUGUUCACACAAAUCAUUCAUGAUUUAGCUUCACAAACAGAAGAAGGUCCUGCAGAGAAUGUGGUAGAAGAAGUCGCCGCUGGAUUGGCUCAGCCUGAAUCCCGCCAUGACGAUUCUCUUCAGAUCAUUGACAGUAUUAUUGAAGAGAGUAAGAAAAGUGGAGUGGAAGAUCAGCUGUUGAGAGGAGAGGAGGCCUGUGCUGCCAUAUCUGAAGGGGAGAGGGCAGGAACAGAAGGUUGCAGUGUUAAAGAAAACCUGGUUCCUGAGGGCGCCUUGGUGCUUCCAGAGGAUCCUGAUGUAACACCGCAUGAGUCGGGUUGCAUUGAGCAGUUGCCUGAUGUAAGGCCGAAGGAAGUGAGGUCAGAAGACAUUCAGGACAGAGCACCGGAUGUGGCUGGUCAUGACCAGGCUAUGCCACCUCCUCCUGACAUUACAAGCGCUUUGGGUCAACCAUCGCAACCCACCUCCCUGCCUUCUGCAGAAACGGCUGAUAUUCUUGAGCAGGUCCCUAUGAGUGAUGCAGAUGGCCCUGGCCCUUCCAAACCUCCCAGACAGUUUACAGUGGAGCCAGAUAUUGUAGCUAGCACCAAGAAGCCGCCGCCCUCAAGGCCACCUCCGCCCACUGGGGCUCCACCUCCAAGGCCGCCUCCCCCCUCACGGCCCAGCUUUUCAGCAAAAAAAUCCCAGGAAGUGAUGCGACCAGCAGGGCUAGAAAUCUCCAUAGAGCCAGCGGACGAGCUGUGUGGUUUGGUCAGCCCAAACGCCACAUUACGAUGUAUCGCUAAAGAACUCCAGCACUCACUGGACCUCGCUAGCGCCACAAGUGGUGAUAAAGUGGUCACUGCACAGGAAAAUGAUGAGCAAACAUCAAGUCCUACUGGAAGUGAGACUGCUGGACCGCAAAGACCAAGGUCUAACUCGGGAAGAGAGCUUACAGAUGAGGAGAUUCUUGCAAUGGUGAUGAUCAAGAAUCUGGACACUGGUGAGGAGAUCCCUUUGAUCCAGGCAGAAGAGAAACUCCCGACUGGAAUCAACCCGCUCACACUGCACAUCAUGAGGAGAACCAAGGAGUAUAUCUCAAAUGAUGCGGCGCAGUCUGAUGAUGAUGAAAAGUCCCAGCCUGCACUCAUAGACACAGAUGGAGGGAAACUGAAACAGAAAACUACACAGCUGAAAAAGUUUCUGGGCAAGUCUGUGAAGAGGGCGAAGCACUUGGCGGAGGAAUAUGGAGAGAAAGCCGUAAAUAAAGUCAAAAGCGUUCGGGAUGAAGUGUUCCACACAGACCAGGAUGACCCAUCCUCCAGUGAUGAUGAGGGGAUGCCGUACACCCGACCGGUCAAGUUUAAAGCUGCUCACAGCUUCAAAGGGCCCUUUGACUUUGACCAAAUCAAAGUAGUGCAGGACCUGAGUGGAGAACACAUGGGUGCCGUCUGGACAAUGAAAUUCUCUCAUUGUGGGCGGCUGUUGGCUACAGCAGGGCAGGAUAAUGUGGUUCGGAUCUGGGUCUUAAAAAAUGCCUUUGACUACUUCAACAAUAUGAGAAUAAAAUAUAACACAGAAGGACGUGUGUCACCAUCUCCCUCACAGGAGAGUCUUUGUUCCUCAAAAUCAGAUACUGAAGGAGGGUUUGUUGCUGCAGUGGAAGAUGCAGACACUGAGGACAGAAAUGUGCCAUUCCGGCAAGUUCCGUUCUGCAAGUACAAGGGUCACACUGCUGACCUGCUGGAUCUGUCCUGGUCCAAGAACUACUUCUUGCUGUCAUCAUCAAUGGAUAAGACGGUUCGUUUGUGGCACAUCUCUAGGAGGGAGUGUCUCUGCUGUUUUCAGCACAUAGACUUUGUGACAGCCAUUGCAUUUCAUCCCAGGGAUGACAGGUAUUUUUUGAGUGGUUCUUUGGACGGAAAGUUGCGGUUAUGGAAUAUUCCAGAUAAGAAAGUGGCACUGUGGAAUGAGGUGGACGGACAGACGCGUCUGAUAACAGCAGCUAACUUCUGCCAGAAUGGAAAAUAUGCAGUUAUUGGCACCUACGAUGGACGCUGCAUUUUCUAUGACACAGAGCGCCUUAAAUAUCACACCCAAAUCCAUGUCCGUUCCACGAGAGGCAGGAAUCGUGUGGGCCGCAAAAUCACCGGUAUUGAGCCGCUGCCAGGAGAGAACAAGAUCUUGGUGACGUCAAACGACUCUCGCAUUCGCCUGUAUGACCUCAGAGAUUUGUCUCUGUCUAUGAAGUACAAAGGCUAUGUGAACAGCAGCAGUCAGAUCAAAGCCAGCUUCAGUCACGAUUACUCUUUCAUUGUGAGCGGCUCGGAGGACAAGUAUGUGUACAUCUGGAGCACAUACCACGACCUGAGCAAAUUCACCUCUGUACGGAGAGACCGCAAUGACUUCUGGGAAGGGAUCAAAGCUCAUAAUGCUGUGGUUACUUCAGCUAUUUUUGCUCCACAUCCGGAUCUCAUCGUGCCUCAGGAGGCUGGGACAGAGAAACCAGACUCGGACUGUAAGAGUGACAGCACAGAUGACUCUGAGACCAUCCCAUCAGGGGCCCUAAAAACAGACCACUCUGAAGUUUUGCUGUCUGCGGAUUUCACUGGAGCCAUUAAAGUUUUUGUCAAUGUUAAGAAAUACUGAGUGCUUGUGCUGAAUAUGACACACAGGAAGUAUAUAGAAUUGAUUUUAAAAGCUCCUCUGAGCUUUUGGACAGAGCUAAAAAAAAAAAAAAAAAAAA